AAUGGAUACGGAAAUUAAGAGUUCGGAUAACAUAAGUUUAAGGGAAGCUAAUACUUUUGACAAUUAUCAAGGCAACGGAAGUAAUCAAACUGCCAAUUGUUUGUCAAAUUUUCAAGGAAGGAGAAAAGAUAGUUUUGAAAAUGUUCCUAAGAUAAAGUCAUUUAUGAGAGAAAAUAUGACUAUUUUAGAAAAUUCUAAUAUAGUCGAAGCGUCAAAUCUUCGUGGGAGGAAAAGUGAUUCCCAUUUACACGAUAUUCAGAAUUUUACACUAGCAAACGUUAUCAGAUCUCACUCAACUUCUUUUGAUUACAAAAUUCCUCAUGAGGCUGUAGAUUAUUGUUUGGCUAAACAGAUAAUUAACGAGGCUCUCAUCAGUUAUGAACCACCUUUGACAGAUGAAUUACUGAACGAAAUAUUCUAUGAUGAAACAGAAUGCCCAGUUGAAAUACAAUAUUUACCUAACUUCGACAUUCUAGGUGGUAAUAUGGAUAUUGUUACUUCAAGCUUAAAUGACAUGGAUGUUGAGAGUACUAGUUUCACAAAAGCUUUAGACGGACCAAUUCAAUUUAAAAAGAAUUUGAGAUUAGCUAUGGAUAUUAUAAAGGAAACUUGCUCAGCUGAUAGUGGCAUAGAUAGUAUAGCCGCUGAAAAACAUAAGAAUGAGAAAUUGUCUAGAACUGAAAGUUUAAAUCUAUCAGAUUUUGAUAUAAAUAGCUCAGAUGAAUUGGAAGAUGAUGAGAAUUUUGAUACGUUAUAUAAAAAUGUUAUAUCUGUUAAUCAGAACAAGACGAAUGAAAAUGGAGAUCUUGCGUCUAACUCCCCAAAUAUCAACUCCCAAACGAAUAGUGAUCUACCUAAGAGAAAGAUCUUACCAGAUUUUGAAUUUUCCUUCGAUUUCGAUGACGAUAAUACCAUUGAAACAACAUCUACGAUUGAUGAGCUAGAUGAAAAAUUUACGAACAACAAUUGGCAAAUUGUUUGCAUAGCAGAACAAGAGUACGAGAUCGAUGUCAGAGUCAUUGAACCUUAUAAGAAAGUAAUCUCUCAUGGGGGAUAUUAUGAAGAAGGUUUUAAAGCGAUUAUUGUAUUUUGUACUUGUUAUCUACCAGAUAAAAAGCUUAAGGAUUAUGACUAUAUUAUGGAUAACUUAUUCUUGUACGUGAUAUCUACACUAGAACUUUUGGUUAUGGACGAUUAUGUAAUCGUUUUCUUUCAUGGAGCAUCACCAAAAAAUAAAUUGCCUUCUCUUAUCUGGCUAAAAAAAUGUUGUGAUAUGAUUGAUAAGAAGCUAAAAAAGAAUUUAAAACGAUUACUAAUUGUUCAUCCAACGAUGUGGCUGAAAACUUUGUUUAUUAUGGCAAAACCAUUUUAUAGUUCGAAUUUCCGAAACAAGGUGAAAUAUAUUAGGAAUUUAAAGAACUUAAAAGAAAAUAUUUCAACGGAUUAUAUCUUUGUUCCGAAAGAAAUCCUUGAGUUUGAUGUUAAAUUAAAAGGAAAUUGCUAA